AUGAAAGAAACGAUGAAAAAUAAAGGUAUUAAAAAAAAAAAUGUAAAAGAAAAGGAUAUUCAUAAUAACAAUAAUAUCGAUAGUUCUGAUAAUGACGUGGAAGCUUGUGACGAUUUGAUUUUAAUAAAUUACAAUAUAAAUGGUUUAAGAAAUGAAGAAAAGGAUAGUAUAAAAGAAUUUAAAGAAAGAGAAAUGGAUAUAAAAGAUACAUCAUCAUCUUCUAAUUACAUACAAGAUAAGAUAUCUAAUAAAGAUUCUUCUUUAGAUUAUGAUGAUAAUUUUUUGGAAGAAAAGAAAAUUAAUACAUUUUUAAAAACAGAAGAUAAUUUUGAAAAUGAAAAUGAAAAUGAAAAUAAUAUAAAGAAAAAAGAUAUAAGAAAAAGAAAUGAUAAGAAUAAAAAAAAUAAUAUAAAAGAUUUAAAUAAAAAUAGUAAUUCAUCAAUUCUUGAGAAAUUUAAACAACAAAAAUUAAAAUCAAAACAACGAUAUUGGACACCAAAUUGUUUAAUAACAACUUAUUUAUGUAUAUCUAUUAUAUUUAUUUUAAUAGGAUGUAUAUUUAUUAUUCUAUCUACAAGAAGAAAAGAAUGUAAAAUAUCUUAUGGUGAAUAUAAUACAUCACCUUUGGUGUUAGAAAUAAAUGAAAAUAAUUGUAAAGGACCAAAAAGGCCAUUCAAAAAAAAUGCAUAUAUUUUUUAUGAAUUGCAUAAUUUUUAUCAAAACCAUAAAAAAUAUCUCGUAUCAAAAUCUCACAACCAGUUGAUGGGUACUGUAUAUACCAAAGAUAACGAAGUCUCGCAAUGUGGUCCGAUCACAAAAAACCAUGAAGGCAAAAUUCUUCAUCCAUGUGGACUUAUAGCUAGAAGUAUUUUUAAUGAUACAUUUUCUGUUUACAUGGAUAGAGAAUUACAUAAUAUGAUUAAAUUAGAUGAAUCUAAAGAAGGAAUUACUUGGUAUAGUGAUUAUAAUAAAUUUAAGAACCCAUCGGAUAGCGAAAUGGAAUUACAUAAAUCACAUGUAGAUUUUUGGCUUAUGAACGAAAAAUAUAAAAAUGCUUUAAAUAUGAAUAAUGAAAAUGGCUAUGGAGUAGAGAAUUCUCAUUUUAUUGUAUGGAUGAAAACAGCUGCAUUAUCAGAGUUCAGGAAAAAAUAUGCUAAAAUAAAUGUUGAAGUCAAUUUACCAAUAUAUGUAAAUAUUAAUAAUAAUUUCCCUGUUACUAAAUUUAAUGGUAAGAAGUUUUUUGUUAUAGCUGAGGGAUCAAUAUUUAUAAAUGAAAAAAUACAAUCACUAGGAAUACUCUACUUAGUAAUAGGAAUUAUAUCUCUUGGAAUUGUCGCUUGUCUAAUAUAUAAUCAAAUGAAAAACCCCAGAAUUAUAGGUUACCAUGCAUACAUAUAUAUUUUCUUUUUUUUGUAA